GGAGACUGAAAGCAUAAAACAACUACAGGGUUGUUUCUUGUUUUCUGUCAGUUAGCGUUGACCUGUUUCAUACAGACUGCAGUUUCACACAGAUAUCUUUUCAGUAUGGAAGCUGGCGAGGAAAACAGUGGCAACAUCAACCUGAAGAGACAGAGAGCACCUCUGUCAGAUUCUGAGGACAAUGUCCUCUCACCAUCAGAGGUGAAUGAUGGCCAGAAGCGGCGGCGUCUGGGGGGAGCUGGUCAGGAGAACCGUAGUCCGAAACCUUCCUCGUCUUUGCGCCAAGCUGAGCUAGACACAAAACCAGACACACCAAUGGUUCCCUCAGUCCGGUCUCGAGUCCAGCAACUCACCCAGAGACGAGAUGGAGGAGCUCCUCCUCUGGCCCAGCGGUGCCUCUCUGAUCCUGGGGCUGACAGCCCAUCUGUCAUUAUCCACGAAAAGGGUUUCAGAGAGCAUCUCCUUGGUGAGGGAGAAUUUAAUCAGCGAAUGGAGCGGUUUAAAGUGCCAGUCUUCCAGGCUAGCCCUGCCCCCACAACGAGCCCUGCCAACUCCGGCCCUCGAUCCUGCUCCAACUUUGUGUCUGGCAUCCAGCAGAAACUCCAAGGCACUACAACACCAAGCUCAAAGCAGGCUUCUCGCAUACGCGAGGAACGGAAACAAGAGUUGAGCCUGUUGCAGCCAAUCAGAGAGAAUGCCUGGCUGAAAAGGAGCAACUCUGAUCCUUCAUUAACUCAGCAGGGAAGGACCCCUCCUGGCCCCUCACCUCCCUCAUGGGUUCCUAGAUCUAGAAGGCGAGAUCAUUGGCCUCCUAUGCAGCCCUGGGAUGCUGAUGGUGAUACUGAGAUGAAAGAUGGAAGCUUCACUGAAGCGCUUACAUCAGGUGUAGGGAAGAAAUCUUCAGAUGGGACAGAUGCUGAACUGAGCUCUCACGAUGAGACCAACACCGCUGAAAUAAUUGACCAGAUGUUUGAGGAGGUGCUGGAGUAUGCUGGAAGGAUGGAGGAAGACAGGGUGGAUGAUGAGGACACUGAGGACCGCGACAGUGGCAUUGGCACUUGCACUGGAGACAAAGAUAAGGUGGACACGGAGUCAGAGAAGGAGAAGAGUGAAGAAGAGGGAGAGGGAGAGGCCAAAGAAGAAGCUUAUGAUGAGAGCAAGAAGCUUGAAAACAAUGGAGAUGAGCUGCUGACUUUCCCUCCCAGCGGCAUCCUCUCUCCGCUCAGCAAGUCUGUAGAGGCUGUUGUCACCCCUCUGCGACUGACAGUGAGCGAGGGGUCCAAUCCUCCAUCUCUGCUCCUGACUCCAGAAGAGACAUCCACCCCUCCUACUGAAUCUGCUCCUCUAUACAGUAUUGAUGCCUACCGUACACAAAGACAGAGUAAGCAGCCCACCAUUCAGAGUGUCACCCCUGGGGUUCAGAGACGAGCUCCAGAAAAGUCCCAACCUCAACCUUCUGUCAACACCAAGGAGAAAAUCACGGCACUUAAUGAAGAAGCAGGGAAGCUGCAGACUGUGAUCAACCAGACCCUGCAGGCUCUGAGCUGCUGUACUGAUGAGGAGCAUGGACGAGGCUCGCUGGAGGAGGCUGAAGCUGAGAAACUGCUGCUUGUCUCCUGUGAGAAACGCUCAGCCCUGCUGGCAGAGGUAACCAGACUGAGGGAGGAGAGGAGCUCAGAGUCAGGAGAGGCAGCAGGGGAGGACAAGGACUAUGUUUCCCAGCAGCCCUGCAGAGGGACUGUCAGCAUCACAAACAUCCAGCUGCCUCUCAAGGUUGAAUUUGUCUGCUCCUCACACAACCGAACAGGUCGGCCAAGUCACUACUUCUUCGUCCUGAUCCGCUACGGGCCCUGCAACAUCGUCGCCACCCCGCUGGCCACAGCUGCCAAUGCUCAGAAUGGAGACACCAUCUCUUUCCCUACUUCUGUCACUCUGAAGGACAUUCGCUCAUCCUUUGAAAUUGAUGUGGAAGUCUACAGCCUGUCCCACACUUCAGGUAGUAACUGCAGCAUGGACCGGGCCACCACCAAGUCACGGGUCACGCCAAGAAAGCUUCUGAACACUAUCACCAGAUCCAAUAACAGUCUGACAUCUGCUGCUCUCCCUGCUCUCAACACUCGCCGCUCCAGUAACUUUUGUUUGGUGGGUUCCCAUAAGAUCACCUUGGCCUCACUGGGACACAGCAAGUUUCCUCUGGAUAAGAUGAAACUUGAAGGGAAAAUCAGGAGGCUGCUGGGAGAUGAAUUUCAGGAAAAGGUGCCUUUUCUCUCUCCUCUAGAGGGCAACAUUUACCUGCGACUGGACAGCGAAAGUCACUCUAAUGUGCGGCACCAAGGCUUCCUGACAAUGUUUGAGUUGAUCAGUGGAUAUGGGGUGUGGCAUCGCCGAUACUUUGUUUUGGAGGGAUGCAACAUGUACUACUGGAACCAUCCCAAUGACAAGGAAACUAAGGAAGCAGAGGGCAGCAUUUCUCUGUCCAGCUCCCACAGACAGUCUGUCAGACCGGUCAAGAGAGACUCGUGUGCUCGACCUUUCACCUUUGAGCUGGUGAGCAGCAUCCCACAGCAGCAGCAGGACGACAGCCAGGAUGCCUUGGCCAAGUGCUGGUUUUCAGCUGACGCCAAACAGGAAAGACUGGACUGGAUCGAGAAACUCAACCAAGCUCUUUUGGACUAUCACACAUGGAACCGAACAUCAGCAACCCAAACAGAAAGUCAGCAGUCAAGCACGUCCAGCAACGAGAAGUUGAGGGAGAGCAUACUGUAACUACAUCUCUGACAUCAGGGUUCACAUUCUUCAUCUCAGAGCUGGAGGAGAUAAGCUUCUUCCUCAUAGGGUCAGUUUCACUGACAUGAAACUGCCAAAUUCUAACAUAUACCCAGACAAUAUCAUUGGGAGAUAUCUGUUUGUUUUUCAUACUGUUGUUUAUUUUUUAAUCUGAAUCCAAUCAUAACUGUUGGUUUUCACUUUUAUUUGCUAAGUUACAGUUUCCAUUUGAAUAAUUUUAGUUUUUCUUUUUCAUGGUUUUGUGGGAAUCAGGUUUUAUUUUGACUUGCUUUUCUGUGGCAAUGAGCUGCUUUAGCCUUUGUUGGCAAUAUUAUUUGGUCACUUUCAGUUGCUAAGGUGAAACUUCUCUUGUAGUUUAUAUAUUUUUGAAAUAAUUUACACAUAUAUUUAGAUUCCUAUUGUAUUUUUGUAUCAAUUAACCUUGAAGGAUAAGCAAAUUUGUAAAGAUACACUAAUAAAUAUUGAAGGAGAAGGAAAUCUUUUUUAACAUGCUUUUGUUUCCUUAAGAAAAAGUCUAUAACAACAACCUAAAUCAUCAUAAAUAAAGUAAUAUGUACAUAUAAUAACAGACGGCAAGAUAGCAAAUGUAUUUUGAAAAGCAAAGUAUUGAAACAAGGGAGAAAGAAAAUAAAAUAA